UCCGGACACUUUAGGAAGUUCAAUCAUGUCGAGGAGGGCAAACGAGGGUUCUCUUUUUAUAGGCAGACUCAGCAAGUCAACUAGAGUUCGGGACUUAGAAGAUAUAUUUGAACCGUAUGGACGAAUGACAAGAUGUGAAAUUAAAUAUGGUGCUGAGAUGGCUUAUGCAUUUAUUGACUAUGAAGAUCACAGAGAUGCUGAGGAUGCAGUCCGCUAUGAGAAUGGCAGAGAAAUAUGUGGCUCCAGUAUCAUAGUGGAGAGGGCAAAAGGGGCACCCAGGCGCUCACUUGCUUCAAGAGGGGGUUCUGGCUAUGAUGACUACAGGUCUGGGCGGGGCUCCAGGGAUUACCCUGACAGGUAUGACAGGCGCAGCAGUGGUGGUCCUCGUGGUGGCCGCUAUAGAUCGCCCUCUCCCUCACGACGAAGAUCUAGAUCACGCUCACGUGAUAGAAGAAGGCGAAGUCGUAGCCGCUCCCAUAGCAGCAGGAGAAGAAGGAGAUCCAGUUCAAUCAGUCCGCGUAGGUCCAGCAAGAGGUCGCGAUCAAGGUCACCAAGCAAGUCCAGAAGUAGGUCAAGGUCACCACAAAGUAAAUCAAGGAGUCGAUCUCCCCCAAGAAAUGGGCAGCUAAAUGAUGAUAAAUCUCUGUCACGGAGCCCUGUUGAUGAUUGAAUCAAAACUUUUUAAAUGUCUGACAUUGUGAUUUUCAGUUAUGCAUUUCAUGCAUAUUCAACCAUUGAUGGUAUGUUUCAGAGCUGUAGCCAAACUGUUUUAUACAACAUUUUUUCAUGAUUUUUUUAUUUUUGUUGACAUUUGAACAGAAAGUUUGUCUUGAGACAAGCUAAAGUGAUGAUAUUUGAGUUUUUAAGGCGUCGAGCUAAUGCUCGGCAGCCUUCUAGCGAUCGUCUGGAUUGGCAAUCGUCCAAAAAUUCACGCGCUGCGCCGCCUUUUAAAUGCGCAUAAGAAAUAAGUUCCUAAAAGUAUUAAACGUAAUACAAGAUUUUUUUUUCCAUUUAUUCAACUAAAUUGUGUACAAAAAACCCAACUUUGCCUCCCUGGUGAUUGACAACUCAUUGCAUAAGAAUAAAUUUGCUUAUUCAAGAAAUGGCGGAUGAAUACAAUCAGGCCUAAGUGUAAAGAUUCACUAGAUAUUAUUUUAGUUUAUCGCUUACAUUUUAAUUGGAGACCGUGCCCGAUAGAAAUAACAUUUUAGAUGUAAAUUUAUUUGUUAUCAGGCAUGGUCUCCAAAAUAAAUGUAAGCGAUAAACGUAUCUAGUAAUUUCGUUGCAAAAAGUAAACUCGAUAAUGCAGUUAGUUUGGUUGAGCAGUUUGUAAACAACCAUACCAUAGGAAAUCUUGUUUCAAACGGAAAUUGAAAUAAAUAAAUGUAUGUUUUAUUAAUAUAAUUAGGGACACACUGUUAAUGUAUUCAAAUUAUGAACCUAUGAAAGUUGUUCAAAGACUGUUUGAAGCAGAAAGAAACAAAUUAUUUUUGAAAUUUCUUCGAUUUUUGCAAUUAUGAUGAGUUAUUGUAUUAAAAAAGCACCACUACCUAUUUUAUAAGAAAAAAUACCGAUUUUUGUUUUUAAAGCAGCAGAAAACAUAAUUCAAAUACUUUCUAUUCUAAGUCUAAUAUCAUUUGAUAUGACUAUUAGUACAGAAAUUCAAAUUAUUGGUAUCAUUCUAUAUAAAAGAAAAAAAUGUCAGCUCGACGCCUUUGUGGCCGUUCCAGCCUUUGAUUUAUUAGUUUAACGAUCAGUAAUGUUUCUACUAGGGUUUUUUUAUGGGAGGGGGAAGACAGGGAUUGGGAUGUUGAAUUUCAUUUGAUUUUAGUUACAUUAAAAAAUACUAUUACUUUUGAAAUGUUCUCACUUAGAAUUAAAACAUACAUAAUCAAAUGAAAAAAAAACCCAAAAAAUAACGGUUGAAUGUAAAAGUACAUGAUUAUUUCUGUUAGUCAAAGAUUGUUUUUACUUCAUAAUGUAGGUAUAUAUGUGUCUUGUUUUGUUUACCAACAUGUUGUGCAUUGUAAAGUGAUUAAUGAGAUAUGAAAAGUAUUACUUUAAUGAUGGUUGUACAUUUAUGCCCACCAACCUUCUCAAAUCGAAAUAAAAUGCAAAUUUUCAAUGUG